AUGGAAGAGGCUAAGGCUCAUCUCAAAGAGCACGGCUGGGUCAAGGUCUCUUCGGUUCUCUCCAAAGAGGAAGCUCAAGAUGCACUUGACCGCCUCUGGAGGGCGAAAGCUGCCUCCGAGGCUAGUGGCGAAGCGACUUUCCAGCCUAUCUUGGAUCCCAACCCUGCCAACGUCCGCAUCUUUUACCUCCCAGAGGUGGACGCAUAUUGGAGAGAAAUGCUCAUCUACCCGACCGGGCUAGACUUGGCCAAGUCCUUGCUGGGCGACCAACUGCUGGUCAGCAACUUCUCUGCCAACAUUGCUCGUCCUGGUGCAGAGAGCAUGGCUCUGCACUCUGAUCAAAGCAUCGUUCUUCCACCGCCGUGGUUGGAUAUCUGGGCGGUCAACGUGAUUUGGUGCCUGACUAGGACGACCAAGGAUAAUGGAGCGACCUUGUAUAUUCCCGGUUCAAAUAAGUGGACCACCUGGGAGGAUGUGCCCGAUAAUGCACCUGAUUUGCUGGUCCCUUUUGAAGCUGAUGCGGGCGAUAUUGUUGUUAUUGAUGGGCGCCUAUGGCAUACCUCUGGAACCAACAUUACUAAGGACGAGGAUCGUGCCAUUCUUUUUGCCUAUUACUCCGCGCCUCAUAUGCGCCCUCUGACGAACUGGUCAGCAAAGCUGCCAAAGGAGCUCCAAGAGACGCUUAGCCCGCAGAUGAAGGAACUUCUCGCACUGAGCCACAUUGGAUAUGUUGUGAAGGGCGAUCUGACUUAUAUGGCCCAGAAGUAUCCCCCAAAAAAGGAUCCAACUGCAGUUGUCGCUUGA